AUGAGUGGAUAUAUGGAUAGAAAUGGAAGUGAUAAACUUCAUUGGGCCACUUAUCGUGAGCCAGCCCAUUUAGCAAGACAGGGAAAGGAACACGCUGGGCACAGAUUAGAUCCAAAUAGUGCGGAUCGGUCUGAUGAGCGUAUUUACAUGAUCUAUUUACAUGAUCUCGCUUAUUUACAUGAUCUCGUUUUUUUUUGCUAA